ACCCUGCCUGCCUGCCUGCCUGCCUGCUCAGCUCGCUCGCUCGCUCGCUCUCUCGGCCUCGCCGUCGCCAUGGCCAGCACCUUCGCCCGCAUCGUAUCGGCCCGAAGAUCCGCCGGCCUCCUUGCUUUGGCGGGCGCAGCCGGCUCACUGGCCGCCGCUGGCUUCCUCCUCUCCCGGGACUCCGUGGGCGCCGCGGUGGCCAACCGGCGCCGCUACCCGGCUAGUGCUGAGUACCCUGACCUGCGGAAGCACAACAACUGCAUGGCCAGCAACUUGACACCAACCAUCUACGCCCAGCUCUGUGACAAGGCCACCCCCACCGGUUGGACCCUGGACCAGUGCAUCCAGACCGGCGUGGACAACCCUGGGCACCCCUUCAUCAAGACUGUAGGCAUGGUAGCAGGGGAUGAGGAGUCUUAUGAGGUCUUUGCAGCUAUUUUCGACCCGGUGAUUGAGGAGCGCCACAACGGCUACAACCCCCGCAUUAUGAAGCAUCCCACGGACUUGGACUCCAGUAAGAUCAAGGCAGGCCACUUUGAUGAGCGCUAUGUGCUGUCCUCACGAGUGCGGACGGGCCGCAGCAUCCGGGGUCUCAGCUUGCCUCCAGCUUGCAGCCGGGCCGAGCGCCGAGAGGUGGAAAGGGUCACGGCAGAAGCCCUGGCUGGCCUGAGCGGAGACCUGGCUGGCAAAUACUACCGCCUCAGUGAGAUGACAGAAAAGGAGCAGCAGCAGCUCAUUGAUGAUCACUUCCUAUUUGACAAACCUGUCUCCCCACUGCUGACAGCUGCAGGUAUGGCUCGUGACUGGCCUGAUGCCCGAGGAAUCUGGCACAACCACGAGAAAACCUUCCUGGUUUGGGUCAAUGAGGAGGACCACACCCGUGUCAUUUCCAUGGAGAAAGGAGGCAACAUGAAGAGAGUAUUUGAGCGGUUCUGCCGGGGCUUGAAGGAGGUGGAGCGCCUGAUCCAGGAGAGGGGCUGGGAGUUCAUGUGGAACGAGAGGCUGGGCUACAUCCUGACAUGCCCCUCCAACCUGGGCACUGGACUGCGUGCUGGGGUGCACAUCAAGCUGCCGCUGCUGAGCAAGGAUAGCCGCUUCUCAAAGAUCCUGGAGAACCUGAGGCUGCAGAAACGUGGCACUGGUGGUGUGGACACAGCUGCCACGGGGGGCACCUUUGACAUUUCCAACCUGGAUCGCCUGGGCAAAUCAGAGGUGGAGCUGGUGCAACUAGUGAUUGAUGGUGUCAACUACCUGAUUGACUGCGAGCGGCGCCUGGAGCGGGGCCAGGACAUCCGCAUACCUUCGCCUGUGGCCCAGUUCCGCAGCUGAGCCUAGCCCAGCCCGGGGCUCUUUGCAGACACCAGUGGGCAGAAGUCCUGUGUGGGCAGGAGGCACACGAUGCACUGCACCAAUCCCCAUAAACCUCUGGCUGCUGUAACAUU